UUUAGAUAUGAGUAAGAAGUAUCUUAUAUCAUACAGGUCCAGUUAUGAUGAAGCUAAUAUUAUACAAUAUAUACUGUUAAAUACUUGGAGAGAGAGCUGACCAACAACCAGGAAGUACAGAAAUCCACAAUGAGUAUACAACCAGAGGAGAUGAAAGCUAUGGCCUAUUCUCUCAAAAAGGAUUGCUGUGUUACAAAGGGAGAGUUUGUUCUUUUUUUAACACAGAAUGUGUUCUCCUAAAGUAGACAUGUAGGUGUGUUAAAAAUUACACACUAUUUGUUGUUUUUGACAGAUCUGUUGUGUGUGAAUGUACCAGAAAAUCUAAACUAUUGAUUUAUUGUACCAAUAUAUCAAACCAAUUUUACAAAUGCUUCCAAAUUUCUCAAAGUCUGCAAUAUUAUAUAUAACGUGCAACCCAGUAUAAUAGAUGCUUUUUAAUCCAAUAUGUUGAAAAUUCUGACAGGUUUCAUAGUACUGAAAAUACACAAAAAUAUAGAAUGUUAUGAUUCGCUAUAAGUCUAUUUCUAUGAUCUUUACUGGAGUUGUAGCAGGGCUAUUUGCCCACGACUGGUGCAGAACCAGUUUCGACCACUGGAGGGUGGUGUGGUCGGUUGACAGCGUUUUCAUUCUAUUUACUCACAGGUGUAAUAAUUUGUGUGCAAUCGACUGCACCCUUGAUAAACCCUCCUCUCACUGCAUGCAGGUGCUUCUGUGAAAUUUGCGUUAUGCUGAAGCUGGUAAACCGUAUCGCUGCUUUGCUGAGAAAAGAGUUUGAGGAACUCAAGCCUGCACUUAAUCUCAUUAAAGAAAAACUGAAGAUCUUUACUAAGAAUGAACAAGUGUGUAAGAAAACCGCAGAACAUAUUGGGAGUCAAAUGCAGCACACAGAGGGGCAGAUAAAGGCAGACUUUGAAAAGCUGCACCAGUUCCUACGAGAGGAAGAGGAGGCCAGACUAGCUGUACUGAAGGAGGAAGGAGAGGUGAAGAGUCGGAUCAUGGAGGAGAAAUUGGCAGACAUCACAAGACACAUCUCCACCCUUACAGACAAAAUCACCGCUAUAGAGAAGGCCAUGGGCACUGAAGAUGCCUCCUUUUUAAAGAGCUACCAGAACAUCAAAUACAGAGCCCAGUGCACACUGCAGGACCCAGAGCUGCUCUCAGGGGCACUGAUAGAUGUGGCCAAACACCUGGGCAACCUGACGUUCAGAGUCUGGGAGAAGAUGCUGGGGAUGGUGCAGUACACUCCUGUGAUGCUGGACCCCAACACUGCACAUCACAAACUCUCUCUCUCUGAUGAUUUGACCGCUGUGAGACUCACAGAUACAGCGCAGAACUGUCCUGACAACCCAGAGAGGUUUAACCCCUGUGUGUUUGUGCUGGGAUCUGAGGGGUUUACCUCAGGGAAGCACAGCUGGGAGGUGAAGGUUGGGAGUAAAACAGCCUGGGAUGUAGGAGUGGUGAAAGAGUCCGUCAUUAGGAAGGGAAGUAUAACACUUCACACAAAGAAUGGAUUCUGGGUCUUCUAUCUGAGGAAUGGUGAUCAGUACAAAGCAGGAGGUACUGUGCUCACACUGGAGAGGAAACCCCAGAGCAUCAGAGUGCAGCUGGACUAUGACAGGGGGGAGGUGUCCUUCUUUGACUCCAGUGACAUGGCCCACAUUCACACUUUUAAACACAUGUUUACUGAGAGAUUGUUCCCAUACUUCUCUCCCUAUCUGACAGAUGGUGGUAGGAAUGAUGCCCCUCUGCAAAUAUGUCCAGCAAAGGUUUCUGUUACAGUGACAUGAUCCCAGUGAAGAUGUUUGAAAAAAAAAAAAAAUUAAGAAAUGUGAGAUCUUGUACUUUGGUACAACUCUGAGACUCUCUCUCUCUCUCUCUCUCUCUCUCUCUCUCUCUCUCUCUCUCUCUCUCUCUCUCUCUCUCUCUCUCUCUCUCUCUCUCUCUCUCUCUCUCUCUCUCUCUCUCUCUCUCUCUCUCUCUCUCUCUCUCUCUCUCUCUCUCUCUCUCUCUCUCUCUCUCUCUCUCUCUCUCUCACACACACACAAUGACCAUUUGUUUCCUGUAAUCAGCCUCAGUGUGCAUGGAUGUUGAUUUGGGGUGGUCAGAAGGCAGCAGACAUGCAUACAGAGGUAACAAUGAUCAUUUGAUUCCCUGCCACAUUAUUGCUACAUUUCAUUCUGGGAAGGGCUAUAAAGCUGGGGCUUGAACACUGCAUUGUAAUUUAAAUGCCUGGCAUUUACCUGCUAUGUUUCCUGCUGUAAAGGAGACUACUUUCACCUGUUAAUAUACAUUGUUAUUGUUGUAAACUUUGGAACUAAGACUUUACUUUACUUUAAAAGUGUUUUCAAGCCACUGCUGCUCUUGUGGGGGUUUUGGCCAAGCUUUUCUGUGAAGUGUAUUGUGAAAAA